AGCUUGCAUCUCAUUUAGAGGAAACACAAAAUGAAAAAAUGAAGCAUGAACAAACCUCUACAAAAAUGGAUGAUGCACCAUUGCUUAAAAAUGAUUUUCCCAAUCGUUCAGAUAAGAACCAACUGAAAAAAUUGGAACAACCAACCAAGAAGAAAUCAACUGAAAAUGAAGCACCUGAGAAUAAACCAACAGAAAAUGAACAACCUACUGAGGAUGAGCAACUCGAAAAUAACUUAACUGAGAAAGAAGUGAUCAAGAAUGAACCAACCAGAAAUGAAUUAAUCAAGAAGAAACUGGCCAAAGUAAUUUUAAAAAUUGGAAAUGCUCAUGCAAAUGGAAACUUGAAUGAAUUCAGGACAAAUUGGGUGUAUUUUAUUGAUUCCGGUGGUCAACCAGCAUAUCGAGAGUUACUACCUCUUUUUACAAGAGCAGCUGCACUGAAUAUCAUCACCAUUGAUCUCACCAAAGGUCUUGAUGAGAAGUGUGAGUUUCAAUAUCGUAUUAGUCAACAUACGUCUCUUAUUCAUACAGAUCUGAAAUUUUCUAAUCAUGAUAUAAUCCAAUCAACAAUUAGCUCCGAAGCUAUGUUGAAUUCUGUCAAAUUUCCUUAUGUCUCUGACAUGCCCAAGCACUCUCAUUAUCUUAUACUUGGUACACGUAAAGAGUUGGUAACUGAAGCAAAGCUAAACGAAAUGAAUGAUAGCCUGAUAAAUAGCUCCAAUCUAGACCUUAAAAAUGUCAUUUGGAAUACAAAAGGCUCGAUUAUAUUUCCAGUUAAUACGUUGCUCCCUACUGGGUCUAAAGAAAGAGAAGAUGCUAGCAUAAAAGUUUGUACUGCAAUUUUGAAUUGCAGGGUUGAAAUGAAAAUUAAGUUACCAAUUCGAUUGUUUACUUUUGAAAUUGCACUACAAAUGGAAGCUAAGGAGAAGGAACGAAGUUUCCUUACAACAGAAGAAGUAAUUGAGAUUGGUAAGUCUUGUCGACUUUAUGAUAAAUCAGAUAUUGAUAAAGCUCUGCGAUAUUUACACAACGUCACUAUCAUUCUUUAUUAUCAUGAUGUCCUACCAAAUAUUAUAGUUGUCGAUCCUAAACCAAUCCUUGAUGUCCUGUCUUGUCUAAUAGCUAUCACAUAUGUUGACCAUACUGAUCUACAUUUGGUUGCAGACCCACCUCCUUCACCUGAUGAAAAAAAUAAUCUCAAAAAAUUUGGCCUUUUUAAAGAAGAAAUUUUUAAAAAUAUUGGUAAGCAGAUUUUUAUACAUGAUAGUUUUAAAUCAUCUCACAUGAUCACUCUUCUAUUGCAUCUCCACAUCAUUGCCAAAGUUGAAAACAGAGAAGAAGGAGAUUAUUUUUUUCCAUGUGCAUUACCAUCUUAUGACAAGCUCAAUCCUGCCCCAACAGAAAUACAACCACUUCUCAUAGCAUGGGAGAUUAAAAAUAGUGGAACAACUAAUCUAGCCAUCCCUCAAGGAUUAUUUCCUUUAACCAUUGUACACCUUUUAGAACAGAAGGAUAUUGUAGACUUCAGUCCAGUAGGCAAGGAAUAUUACAAAUAUCAUGAUGCCAUGUCACUUCGUGUUUACAAUGAUCACUUUAUACACAUCAUCAAUCGUUAUACACAUAUCGAAAUACAUUUUCGUAGUGACUGCAAGAACUCUUGUCUUAAAAUUCGGGAAUUAGUCACAGACGCUAUCAAAAAAAGCAGAAAAGAUCUUAAUGUUGAUACUGAUCAUAUUUUUGCAUUCAAAUGCCCCCAAAAAGAUUGUUACUUCAUUGUCCAGAAAAAUGAAUCUUCUUCCUGGUAUUCUCAUUGCACUCAUUGUGAAACACAAUGUAAAGUACUGGAGAGUGAUGAUAGCUAUAGAUGCUGGUUUUUUAGUGAUUCUUCUAGUCUAGGAGCUGAGCCAUCACCAUCAUUAGAAGGUCCACCUAGUAAGAUUAAAUCUACUGAAUUAUUAGAUACCAGUAAUCUUAUUGAUGUACUUGAUGCACUGGAUGAUCAUAAAUAUUCUGGUGUUGAUUAUUAUGAUCUUGGCCUUCGUCUAGGACUGCACCCUUGCACACUUAAUGUUAUUAAAGAAGAUAACAAAGGAGAUGUUCGUAGCUGUCUAAGAGAAUGUUUGGCAGCAUGGUUGGAACAAAAAGAUAGUGUAAUGAGAAGAGGCAGUCCAACUUAUGAUACAUUAAUACAAGCAUUGAGGAAGAUGGGAGAGAAUGCUGUAGCUGAUGGGAUUAAAAGAGAUACCUAAUAAUUAGUUCAAAUUAUAGUGGGACUCUCCCCUGGUCAGGGGUUGGGUCUCAGUAUCGUUGGUGGGCGUGGCUCUCCCACUGGGGACGUACCCAUUUACGUAAAGAGGAUCCUACCUGAGUCAGUGUUACAGAAAGACUCAAAGAUAUAUAAAGACUGGAGAUGAACUGGUAGCAGUUAAUGAUUUAAUAAUACAUAAUGUAACUAAGGACUAUGCUACUGAAGCUCUUACUAAUGUACAGGGAACAGUGAGACUACUACUGAUACAGGACCUAUGAA